AUGACAUCGCCAAGUAAUAAUCCAUCGUCACAGGAGCUUUUUGAUGCUCAAGCUCAUGUGUGGAACUUCAUCUUCAACUACUUAAAUUCAAUGUCCCUCAAAUGCGCUAUCCAAUUAGGCAUACCAGAUAUCAUCCACAAACAUGGCAAACCAAUGUCUCUUGAUCAAUUAGUCGACGCCCUCUCCAUCGACAAAUCAAAAUCCCGUUGCGUCUAUCGUCUCAUGCGUAUUCUGACGCACUCGAAGUUCUUUGUGGAGGAGGAGGAAGAAGAAGAAGCCCGCUAUUCACUAACGCUUGCAUCUCGUUUACUGUUGAAAGACGAGCCGUUGAGCAUAGCGCCUUUCGCGCUUGCAAUGAUGGACCCGAUUUUGAUAGAGCCAUGUCAUCAUGUGAGUGAAUGGUUUCAAAGCAAUGAUGAGAUCAGUUGUCCGUUUGUGACUAAAUACGGGAUGGGGUUUUUCGAGUAUGCAAGGAAUAAAGAGAGGUGGAAUAAGGUGUUUAAUGAAGGGAUGGCUAGUGAUGCUCGUUUUGUGAAUAGUUUAUUAAUCAGGGAAUACAAACAAGUUUUCGAGGGAUUGGAUUCGAUUGUUGAUGUUGGUGGCGGGACCGGAGCGGCGGCAAAGGCUAUUGUUUCUGCCUUUCCGGGAUUGAAAUGUACAGUGCUUGAACUUCCACAUGUUAUUGCUGGCUUGGAAGGGACGGAUAAUUUGAACUUUGUUGGUGGAGAUAUGUUCAACUUCAUUCCUCAUGCUCAUGCUGUUUUCUUCAAGUGGAUAUUUCAUGACUGGACUGAUGAGGAGUGCAUUAAAAUACUAGAGAAAUGCAAAGAAGCAAUAACUUCAGGGGAUAACAAAACUGAUGGAAAGGUGAUAAUAGUGGAAAUAGUUGUGGAUGAUCAAAAGGAAAACCAAAAGGCAACCGAAACACAGCUGUUGUUUGAUAUGCUGAUGAUGAUUGAAGUAACUGGCAAAGAAAGAACUGAGAAAGAGUGGGCUAACCUCUUUUUUUCUGCUGGUUUCUCUAACUAUAAGAUCACCCCUGUUUUGGGAUUGAGAUCUAUCAUCGAGGUUUUUCCAUAAUUUGUUUUUUGUUUCUUUUAUCGUGUGAACACAAAAUAAGUGUGAUUGUUCUUCGAUUUUACCAUUUGCAUCGUAAUCUAGCUAUUUUUAUCAUUGGAAACCAAUAUCAAGUUGCAAUGCAUAUGUUUUGAUAAAA